AUGAAUGAGAAAAAGAAGUCAUCAAAGCGAAGGGCGCGUGAGGGGAGAGGAACACCGUCCGUCUUCCGGGGCAAAACUGGUUCAGAUAGAACUGUCGCCGAUAGACACACAAAAUCUUCGACUUCCUCCGCCUGUCCCAGCCAGCGGAGCUCCACAACCAUGGCUGGAGUCGCCCCAUUCACGUUGUCCCCGUGCCCUCGCUUCCGCCCAUCAUCAUCGUUUUCAUCGAGGCUCAUUCUCUCAACGCGAGUCUUUACCGGAACCCACCGCCGCUCCACAUUCCCAAGGAUAUACGCUUUCUCUAGUAAUGACAUCAAGGUGGGUUCCAACAUUGAAGUAGACGGAGCCCCUUGGAGGGUUCUCGAGUUUCUUCACGUGAAGCCUGGUAAAGGAGCUGCGUAUGUGAGAACCACAUUGCGAAAUUAUGUUACAGGAAACACAGUUCAGAAAACUUUUCGUGCUGGAAUUAAGAUUGGGGAGGCAGAUAUUCUUAAGGAAACGAAGCAAUACACAUAUAAAGAUGGUUCUCAGUUUGUUUUUAUGGACCUGAAUACAUUUGAGGAAUUUCGUCUUAAUGAGUCAGAUGUUGGAGACAAGACAAAGUGGAUGAAGGAAGGGAUAGAUUGCAACUUGCUAUUUUGGAAGGGGAAAGUUAUUGAUUUUGAACUCCCCAUCACUGUUAAGUUGACUGUUGUUGAGGUUGAUCCUGGACUCAGAGGUGAUACAGCACAAGGCGGAUCUAAGCCUGCAACAGUAGAAACAGGUGCUGUUGUCAGCGUGCCAUUAUUCAUAGAGAGAGGCGAAGAGAUAAUGGUGGAUGCUAGAACCGGGCAGUACAUGAGCCGUGCAUGAUUGCCGUAGAUCACAUUUUAAUCUGUAGAAGAUUCUCAUACAUGUCUGAUCUUCUCUGUCCAUGCGGAUGCAAGGGCAUGUACAUUUGCAAUCAAAUUGUUUAACAUGUGCAAACAUCAAUUUUCUCCCAUUAUACAACUUGUAUCA